GGCGGCGCGUCGUCGUCGGGCGCAGGAGACGGCGGCGAGUCGGGCUCGUCGCUCGCCAAGCGGUCCGUCCCCGACGUCUACCCGCAGGUCAUGGCGCUCCCCAUCACUCGCCGCCCGCUCUUCCCCGGCUUCUACAAGGCCGUCGUCAUCCGCGACGCCAACGUCAUCAAGGCCAUCAAGGAGUCGAUCAAGCGCGGCCAGCCUUACAUCGGCGCCUUCCUCCUCAAAGACGAGAACGACGACCGCGACGUCAUCACCGACAUGAACUCGGUGCACCCUGUCGGCGUGUUUGCCCAGAUCACCUCGACCUUCCCCGCCAACCCGCCGACGCCCAACCCGAACGACCCGAACGCCAAGCUCGAGGAGCCGGGCCUCACCGCCGUCCUGUACCCGCACCGCCGCAUCCGCAUCGACGAGCUCCUCCCGAUCCCAGACGUCGCCCAGGCGCCGUCGUCGUCGUCGUCCGAGGCCGCGCCUGCACCUCCGUUCCAGACGGCCUACCUGCACGACUACGCCGUCUCGAUCGUCAACGUGUCGAACGUCGAGAUGGACAAGUUCGACAAGAAGUCGCAGAUUGCGCGCGCCAUCGCCGGCGAGAUCAUCGCCGUCUUCAAGGAGAUCGCCAACCUCAACCCGCUCUUCCGCGACCAGAUCGCCAACUUCAGCAUGUCGCAGUCGGCCGGCAACGUGUUUGAGGAGCCCGAGAAGCUCGCCGACUUUGCGGCGGCCGUCUCGAGCGGCGAGGUCAACGAGCUGCAAGAGGUGCUCGAGUCGAUGCAGCUCGAGGACCGCCUCCAGAAGGCGCUCCUCGUCCUCAAGAAGGAGCUCAUGAACGCCCAGCUGCAGAACAAGAUCUCGAAGGACGUCGAGUCCAAGAUCGCCAAGCGGCAGCGCGAGUACUACCUCAUGGAGCAGCUCAAGGGCAUCAAGAAGGAGCUCGGCCUCGAGUCGGACGGCAAGGACAAGCUCGUCGACAAGUUCCAGGACAAGGCCAAGGGCCUCUUGAUGCCCGAGGCCGUCAAGAAGGUGUUCGACGAGGAGCUGAGCAAGCUCCAGACGCUCGAGCCCGCCGCGAGCGAGUUCAACGUCACGCGCAACUACCUUGACUGGCUCACGUCGAUCCCGUGGGGGCGGCACACGCCCGAGAACUUUGACCUCAAGCACGCCGUCACCGUCCUCGACGAGGACCACUACGGCCUCAAGGACGUCAAGGACCGCAUCCUCGAGUUCCUCGCCGUCGGCAAGCUGCGCGGCACGGUCGAGGGCAAGAUCCUGUGCUUCGUCGGCCCGCCCGGUGUCGGCAAGACGUCGAUCGGCAAGUCGAUCGCGCGCGCGCUCGACCGCCAGUUCUUCCGCUUCUCGGUCGGCGGCCUGUCGGACGUUGCCGAGAUCAAGGGCCACCGCCGCACCUACGUUGGCGCCAUGCCGGGCAAGAUUAUCCAGGCGAUGAAGAAGGUCCAGACCGAGAACCCGCUCGUCCUCAUCGACGAGGUCGACAAGAUCGGCCGCGGCCACAACGGCGACCCGUCGAGCGCGCUCCUCGAGAUGCUCGACCCGGAGCAGAACUCGCAGUUUCUCGACCACUACCUCGACGUCCCUGUCGACCUGUCGCGCGUCCUGUUCGUCUGCACGGCCAACUCGCUCGACACGAUCCCGGCGCCGCUCCUUGACCGCAUGGAGGUCCUGGAAGUGUCGGGCUACAUCACCGAGGAGAAGGCGGCCAUCGCGAGCCGGUACCUCGCGCCGCAGGCCAAGGAGGGCGCCGGCCUCAAGAACGCCGACGUCGAGCUCGGCGAGGACGCCGUCGCGGCCCUCAUCCGGUACUACUGCCGCGAGUCGGGUGUGCGCAGGCUCAAGCAGCAGAUCGAGAAGGUGUACCGCAAGGCGGCGCUCAAGAUCGUCCGUGACCUGCCCGAGGACGUCGUUGCCGAGUCGAAGGCCGAGACGGUCGCACCAGCCGCAGCACCCGCCGCCACCGCCGUCGCCGACGACGCACCCGCAGACGACGCCGUCGAGAAGCAGGACGGCGACUCGGUCCCGGCGUCGACCGCCUCGCCCUCGACGCCCGAGUCGAGCGUGACCGAGGACGAGCGCACGACGACGACCAACGUGCGCAAGCCGCUCGAGGUGCCGUCCGACGUGAGCGUCCGCAUCACGGCCGACAACCUCCUCGACUACGUCGGCCCACCGCUGUACCAGAAGGACCGCCUGUACACCAAGACGAGCCCUGUCGGCGUCAGCUGCGGUCUCGGCUACCUCGGCAACGGGUCGGGCGCCAUCAUGCCGAUUGAGGUCACCUCUAUGCCUGGCUCGGGCAUCUCGCUCACGGGCAAGCUCGGCGAGGUCAUCAAGGAGUCGGCGACGAUCGCGUUGACGUUCCUGCGCGCCCACGCCUUCGAGUUGGGCCUCACCAAGGACGCCGACACCGAUCUGCUCGAGAAGAGGGCCGUGCACCUGCACAUGUACGAGGGCGCGAUCGGGAAGGAGGGCCCGAGUGCCGGUACCGCUCUCUUGACGGCGUUCGUGUCCCUCUUCAGCAAGACGGGCAUCUCCUCCGAACUUGCCAUGACGGGCGAGAUCACGCUCGCCGGCCAGGUCCUCCCCGUCGGCGGCCUUCGCGAGAAGCUCCUCGCAGCGCACCGGGCGGGCAUGAAGCGCGUCAUCGUGCCCUUGGGGUGCAAGCCCGAUAUCGAGUACAACGUCCAGGAGUCGAUCAAGGAGGGCCUCGAGAUCCUGUACGUCGAGAACGUCGGCGAGGUGCUCAAGAUUGCGUUCGAGGGCAAGCCCAUCGCCGACAAGGUCGACGCGCUGCGAGACACGCUCUUGCCGCGGCAGUGAGGGUCGGGUCGAGGAGGAGGAGGUCGAAGCGAGGACGCGAUGUAAUUAAUAGAGUUCUCCCAUCGC